ACUGUGCGGGCGCCAGGUCUUCCCAUAUCGACUAGCAAUGCAUAAUUACGCAAGCAGUCGUGAUGAUGGCGUACUAUGUAGUGCCCAUAAUCAAGCGGUACCUCGUGGAUCCGAGUACCGCUUAUGACACUCAAGACGUCAAAGGUCCACAGACUGUGGCAUUCAACCUUCCAAAUGAUGAGCGGAUUGUGAAAAAAAGAGGAACGGCGAUGGUUAUACUAAAGAAUGUAUCUCAGGCCAAAUUUGUGGUGAUCCUUAAGCGGAUUGCUGACGUUUGCAUCACGGAUUCGCAAAAGGAUGAUGUCACAUUCGAUGCCUUCUUCAUACAUACACUCUGCCAUGAAUGUGUGCAUGGGAUCGGCCCACAUUCCAUCACUACUCCAGAUGGGAAGAACACAACUGUUAGAAAGAUCCACCCCGCCGCAUACCUGUUCAGCUAUGAGGUACGGCCAUCGUUCUCGAUUUUGGCCAACUACUCCAACAGGACGACGAUCGCAACGCGCAACUGGGGUAUGGUGGUUAAAGCCGUCGCUUCCAUCGAAGCCAGCAGCUGGUUGGAUCAUCUGCGAGCUAUUGAGGCAGUUAUCGGAAUUUGUAUCAGCUUGUGCGCCUUCUCCUUCAUUGCAGGGCGCAUGUACCCAAGAGGACGAAGCGGGAAGAUCGGCAGCCGACGUGGCAAGUGGUCCAACUGCGGUCGUUACUGGAUGGAGGGAGCAAACAGCAAUCAAUUUGCGCGACACCAAGCUGGAGCCAGCUUACCAUAUUCGGCGGCCCCGGCCCCGAUCACGAACCCACCCCCUCCGGGCGUCCAAUACUAUACUGGAGGAACGGUUCUCCCACCACCACGAGUGCAAGUGCCAUCUGUGGCACCCGGCCCGACAGGCGCACCGGUGCAGUACCAUCCGGCGGUUAACCAGUGGAGCUCGCAACCAUGGGUACCACCUCAUCAACAGUCAUGGCAAGGGAGCGUACCUUGGUAUGGGAAUCCACCCCAGAUCUCGGUGGCUGCGCAAGCACCGGUUCAUAUGCCUGUUUCGAUGACGCUGCCGCAAGAGCCCCCUGCUGCACAAGCGAAUCCACAAGGAUUCCAUGGCGGGCACGGCGGAAGCUCUGCAUCGAGCGGAGGAGGUAAAGGCUCGGCGGCUAACAACUUCCCUGGACCAGGGAAUCGGGCCUACUUGACCAUGGAAUACAUGGAGAUUCUGGAGAACAUCAAGUCCAGCAAAGCUAUCGAAGAAGCGAGGAAGAAAGUCGGUAUGCCAAGAAUCGGCGUUGCAAAGCGGUCCUGUUCCCAGACUUCGGAACCUCAAGACCAAGGGAGCAGAGACGACGCACGUUCAUCCGAGAAAAGCGAAGACAUGAAAGUGUGGGUCACCACCACACUAGGCAAAUCGUUGAAGCUCAUCAAUUCGAAAUUGGAGGCAGUGGACAAGAAAUCGAAACUGGAUGCGGCUGAGCGGGAUGAGCUGGAACGCCUACGGAAGGAGGUGCAAGAAGGUAAGGACAACAAGGAGCUCUCCAGUAAUGAAAAACGGAAGCGGUGCGUUGCCCGCACACCAAUUGAGAACUCUCCAUCUGCAGCUCGCGCAAAACCAAGAUCCAAAGGCAGUUCGAAGACUAAGUCGAAGCGUAUCGAACUUUCCGAUGAUGAAGGCCCCUCUGGUACCAAGCAGAACCUGCAAGCAAAGCUGGACAGCACAAGCAGCGAGCUGUCUGAUAUAAAGCGAAUGCUCGCGUCGCUGAUGAGCAGCCUGCAAGACCCGAAAUGGAAGGCCAAGGUAGUCAACCCAGGAGUCACCAACGAACCCCCGACAGAGGGGGCACCUGCUGAGACUGUUGUUGCACAGAAUGCCCAAGCGGAUGUUGACGAUGAAGACCCCGAUGAGGACGGAUUUGCAGCGUACAUGAAGGUACGGGCCGACUUCUACGGUUCUCUCCACUACACACGAGUCCAGGAGCUAUGCAAAGAACGUGAAGUUGAAUACUUCAAGAAAGAUGUUGCCGUGUGGGAACUCGCUCGGCUAGACCUACAGGAAUAUGCUGACUCACUGAAAGAGGAUCGGGGUGAGAAACCGUGCCGGAAGGAGACUUCAGUCGAGUCUGAUCACGACGACGCUGAGGAAGAUCGGGACAAAGUCAAGGGAAACUGAAUUUGGGUAGUAUCAGAUCGAUUAGGGGGGCAGUUAACCAGAUUAUUAGCGUGAAAAGGACUAUCGAUCCUUCGCUGCUCGGCCUACUGGAACGCAUUCAUGUACUUCUGACUAUUUUUGCCUGUCUGAAGGGAUUCGUGCGAUGGGGGCAGACGUACGUCCGAUUUUGGCUACGCCUAGACCGUGAUGAUUGGGAAGACUGACCGACGCACACAGUUGCGUCUAUGUUUUGCUUUCGGUGAACCAUAAACUUGUGUAUGUUGGUAAAACCACCAGAUCGUUGUGAGAAAGCUGCUCUGAACACUGUCGUGCCGUUCGCGGUAAUAGUAAACAAAAGGUUCACUC